UGCAGGUCCUCGUCCUUUACGCUCACCAUGUUCCGCAACACAUACGACUCGGAUAACACGGUUUUCUCGCCCCAGGGGCGCUUGCACCAGGUCGAGUACGCGCUCGAGGCCGUAAAGCAGGGAUCUGCUGCCGUGGGGCUGCGCUCAAAGACUCAUGCUAUCUUGUUGGCCUUGAAGCGUUCAACGGGCGAGCUGGCUUCGUACCAGCAGAAGAUGUUCCGAAUAGAUGAUCAUGUUGGGAUUGCGAUCGCAGGACUGACGUCCGAUGCGCGUGUUCUUAGCAACUUUAUGCGCCAGCAAGCCAUGGGGUCGCGCAUGGUCUUCAACCGCCCUGUUCCUGUUAACCGUCUCGUGUCGUCCAUUGCAGACAAGGCCCAGGUGAACACGCAAGAAUAUGGCAGACGUCCAUAUGGUGUUGGUUUCCUUGUCAUCGGCCAGGAUGAGUCCGGCCCGCAUCUCUACGAAUUCUCUCCCUCUGGCAACUCCUACGAAUACUACGCCAUGUCAAUCGGCGCGCGCAGCCAAAGCGCGAAAACAUACCUCGAGAAGCACUACGAGAGCUUCGCGGAUGCAUCCCUCGACGACCUCAUCCGCCACGGUCUGCAUGCCCUGCGCGAGACAUUGCAGCAGGACAAGGAGCUCAACGUGAAUAACACCUCAAUCGGCAUCAUCGGCGCGCCGAGCGAGAAUGAGGUCCACGCGAAGCUGACGUUCAGGAUCCUUGAGAACGAGAAGGUUGACCCAUUCUUGAAGACGAUGAUUCCGAAGGAGACGCCCGGACACGCCGCGCCAGCCGCGGCGCCGCAGACAACGGGCGACGAGGACGUGCAGAUGGCAGGGUAAUUCAUGCAAUGUAUAAUGUAGUACUACUGAAGGUGUCUUGUUCUUUUUCGAUGGAUACAUUCGCAGCAAGAUCUCAUCGUCUCGUAACCCUGUCCAAGCCAGGUUCGCUAUUGCUAGGUGGUACGCCAUUCUUUCAGGGGUUAUCGUCCUCAGUCAAAGAUAUGCUCUGAGUCCUUGAUGUUCUUGCGAACGAACCGAACUGGCUCGGGAGGGGGUCCGGCCCUGUUCAUCUUCUUCCUCCAGUCCGGGUCGUACGGGUUCCGCAUAAUCGCGUUAUGGUCCAUCCCACCAUACGACAGAUACGCCUGCACAUGCCCCGGAUCCGGCGAGAACGCCAGAUCGAAUAUCGGGUAGCGCACAUUCGCCCCCUCCUUCUUGUUCUCCCUUCCCGGCCCCGCGUCGAACUCCUCCA